GAAGCUCAUACUAUCCUCCUGUCCUGCAUUUCUGCUUGAUCCCGUGCCUGGCAAAAUGUGUGACCAAUUUGUGGGCACCUGGAAGCUCCUUUCUAGCGAAAACUUUGACGACUAUAUGAAAGAGCUGGGUGUGGGAUUUGCUACCAGGAAAAUGGCUGGUGUGGCCAAGCCCAAUGUAACUAUCAGCAUCAAUGGUGAUGUGAUAACCAUCAAAACAGAAAGUACCUUCAAAAAUACAGAGGUCUCUUUCAAGCUGGGUGAAGAGUUUGACGAGACCACAGCAGAUGACAGAAAAACAAAGAAUGUUGUAACCUUAGACAACGGCAUGCUGAUCCAGGUGCAGAAGUGGGACGGGAAGGAGACUAUCAUAAAGAGGAAAGUGGUGGAUGGGAACCUGGUGGUGGAAUGCACCAUGAAUAAUGUUGCCUGCAAAAGAGUUUAUGAAAAAGCAUGAAGAAGCCACCUUCACACAGGACUAACGAUUAAAGCUGCAGAAAAACAACUUAAUCGAAGAAAAAAACCUCCACAAAUCCAUUUUAAGAGAACUGUACUUUUUAUAGAUAUAUCCUAAAAAAGUUACACUCAGCUAGUCAAAUUUGUUGUGGCUAUUCAAUAAAAUGUUAUGCUUUCUACA